ACUACGGAGCAUUAACAGUAGGAAGUUUGUUUGGAAUGUCUUUAAAGAAAACAAUAACUUUCCUUACUCAAAGGAAAAUUUAACAGAGACUUGUAAGCACGAAGGCAAUGAAAAUAAAAGCACCGAGAAAGGACAUACUUUGCAAUGAUAAUCCAAACAGUAUUAAUCAAUGUAAAGAGUUCAUUUUAGAAAAGGUUUGAAAAGCACUCGUCAUCAUUUCGAUGACUUGUUUGCACACCACAGAUGAAAAAGCCAUCAUGAGAAUGAAGAAAAGCGAAAAAGUAAUAAUCAACGUGAGCGGACGACGAUUUCAGACGCGACGAAGUACAUUACAAAAACAUCCGAACACCUUGCUUGGCGAUCAAAAAAUACUGACAACUUUCUACGACAAGAAGAACAACGAAUAUUUUUUUGAUAGAGAUCCUGAGCUGUUUCGUCACAUACUUAAUUACUACCAAGCGGGUAAACUACAUGUUUCUCACAUGGACUGCCGCGACUUGUUCUAUGAUGAGUUGAAAUUCUACAAAAUUUCCGCUCAUUCUCUUCACAAAUGUUGCUGGGGCGAUUGCUAUGAGAUGUCUUAUGAAAUGUCUAAAAACACUAAACAAAGGAAAGUAGAGAAGAUAGAAUGGGGGAAAACAAGACAUAAUACAGUGCGUAGAAUUCGCAAAAAGAUUGCUUGCUUCUUAGAAGGAAAAAAUAACACCUUCUUCGAAAGAUUAUUCCAAUACUUUGUUGGUCUUAUGAUAUUCCUGAGCAUCAUUUGCGCAGUCGCAGCAACCCUACGUUGCCAUGGCAAUACAGAAACAUGGGAACAGUGUUACAGCAACGUAUUUGAAACAUUAGAUAUGAUAUUUAUGUGGGUCUUCACAAUUGAAUGCGCACUGAGAUUAUUUUCCACACCACGCUACGUUGAAUUUUUUAAAAAUAAAUUCAAUCUCAUCGACCUUGCUGCCAUAUCACCAUUUUACAUCGAUCUCAUCAUACGUAGAUUCACCAUCGAUGGGUUGAGCAACAAUCACUUUUGGGAAAUGCUUCGUGUGUUGCGCGUGAUUCGCAUCUUUAAACUCGCGAGACACUCGACAUUCAUGAGAAAGUUUGGUAGGCGUUUAAAGAAAGCGCUCACUGACUUGGGAUUUUUGUAUUUCGCAUUCUUGUUGGCAAAUAUCUUCUUUGGCUGUUGUCUGUACACUAUUGAGACGCUACAUGGAAAACCAACAUACAAAAGUAUACCAGAUACCAUGUGGUACACCGUGGUAACUAUGAUGACAUUAGGGUAUGGUGACACGGUACCUGUAACGGUUGUUGGCAAAAUCAUGGGUGCAUUUAGCUGUCUAUUUGGGAUAAUUAUCAUAGCUCUACCAUUACCGAUAUUACAAGAUAGAGUAUUGUGAAAGAUAAAAUAGAGUCUUUGUCGUGGUGACAUAUUUGAA